AUGGCAUUUUCAGUGAGCAUUCAUUAUGGGAGAAAAUUUGUUAAGGAUAGUGUCGUGUACUACUUAGGUGGGGAUAAACAUGUAGUAGACAUAGACCUUGAUAGGUGGAGCUUCUUUGAAGCAAUUGCUAUUGUGAAAGAAAUUUGCAACCUUAAGUCCACUGAUUAUUGGCUAUGGUGGUAUAACAUUAUAUCGGGUAAGCAUGUAAGGAUAGUUAGUGAUAUUGAUAUUGCUGAGGUUUACGAAAAAGAUGUUGAAACUAAUUGUAGUGUGGAUUUAUUUGUUGAGCAUAAAGUAGUUGUAGCUGAUAAUGUCGUUAAUGAUGUUGAUAAUGUUAAUGAUAAUGUUGAUAAUGGUAAUGUUGAUAAUGUUGAUGAGGUUGAUAAUGUUAUUGAGGAUAAUGUUCAUGAUAAUGUUGGAAAUGGUAUUGUUGAUAAUGUUGAUGAUAUUGAAGCCGAUAAUGUUAUUGAGGAUGAUGUUCAUGAUAAUGCUCGAAAUGUCAAUGUUGAUGAUAUUGAAGUUAAUAAUGUUAUUGAGGAUGAUGUUCAUGAUAAUGUUUGA